AGUGCGGGCAGCUAAGCAGGACCCGCAGCUCAUGCCUUGGAUGGAUUCAUUCCAGUUGCUCUCCCCGGCUGCCACAGCAGAUUUGCCUCUGUGCAGCAGGGAGCUGGAGCUGGAGCUGAACCUCCUCUGUGUAUGAAAACACUCUGUAAACAUGGCCGGUAAGAUACAGAGUCUGACUGACGAGGAGAGGACCCACCUACUCCCCCUGCUACGCAACGCUCAGUGGGUGGAGGUUGUGGGGCGGGACGCCAUCUACAAAGAGUUUGUUUUUAAAGACUUCAAUCAGGCCUUUGGUUUCAUGUCCAGAGUGGCUCUGCAAGCAGAGAAGAUGGACCAUCACCCUGAGUGGUUCAAUGUCUAUAACAAGGUCCAGAUCACCCUCAGCACACAUGACUGUGGAGGCUUGUCCCAGCGCGACAUCACAUUGGCCACCUUCAUCGACCAGGCGUCUCUGAUGUGACCGACAUGCCGUCAGUCAUCUGAACGGGGACGACUGAAGCGCUGGACGUCACAGAUCUUUACGUUCAGUCAUCUGCAGGAGCCAAAGAAUAUGAACCAGUUACUCCCACUUAACUGUGGGUGACGUGUCCGUCUGUGAAGGGUCCAAUGUGUUUUGUUGUUGGUUUUUGCACAUGGUGAAAAUGAGAUUAUUAAGCAAAGGAAAUGGUAAAACACUGUUUACACAUUAAAGGAUUCAAGUAAUUCCUCAGCAACCAGAUAUCAUUCACAGCGGGACGUGUGUCCUUCAGUCUCUGGCGUCUUAUGGACCAAGUGUUCUUGUACUUUUAGUUAAAAGUUGUUUUCUCUCUUGUUGUAAGUGAAAAAUGACCAGAAGCUGAUUCUUCUCAGACUGAAUGCAUUUUAUUGAAAACACACAACACUGUAGACAUCUGCCAUGUUAACUGUUAGACCACUCUGAGUGUUAGCUAUGGAUCAUUGGCUAAGAGGAACCGGCAGGUGCGUCCUCACCUAAAAUAAAUCAGCUAAACAAGGACGCAGGCUGACGUGAACAGAUUUAAACCUCGUACAUUCAGAAGCAAAAUCUACAAAGUUCAACAUUACAAGCCUGACAUCAGGUUAUACUUGUUAUGGGCUGCUGAAAUGGAUUGUAAUAUACUUUACAGCAGUGGUUCCAAACCUCUGGGCUGGGGCCCACUAGUGGGCCACGAAGGUAUUGCAAGAGGGCCGAUGAAUCAUUUGAAUCAUUUGAAAAACAACAAUUUUGGUGAAAAAUUAGAAUUACAAAUAUAUAAUAUGAAACAUGUUUCAAACUCCUUUUUUUUCUUCUCGUAUAAAGGACUAUCACUGUGAUAAACCAACAAUAGGAACUUUUAUGUUGUCGCCACUGAACAACAUCAUAUACUUGUUUACUAUCUCAGUCUGACUGCACGCUGAAAAAUAACAUCCAGGGUAAAAGCUCCAUCGUUAUCAUUAAAAUAAAAAGCGCUCUGAGAAGACAUUACUUGGCCUCUGUAAUUUAAUGUAACGGCUGCCAAAGUUUGACAUUUUCAAGUGGGCCAUGAGUUGGAAAAAGUUGGGAACCGCUGAUUUAAAGUGUUGUUUUGUCCUCCCUGUGAACGUCUGAAAGAGCAGUGGACUUUAACUGAUGUCGUUUUGAAGCCAAAUCCCUGAGGAUGAAAAGAGAGAAAAACUGCAGAGAUGUCAUGAGUUCAAACCUCUGGAGGCACAGAGGCGAACGCUCAUUAUUGCUCCAUAAUAUGGCCAAAGUACAAGAAUACAUACAGGACAGAGGAUACAUUUUCUGUGUGGACUUUUACAGAAUCAGGAAUUUGCAUUAAAAAUUUUUAUUCAAGAGAUUUCUUGGCCGUUCCAUCAUCACACUUUUUGAGGAUAUUUCUCCAAAGCAAACAUUGUUAGAAAAGUCCUUUUUUUUUUUUGUUUUUGGACAGGCAUGAGUUUCCACAUCCUGUCACUGGCCGCAGUAUUAAAGGAUGGUAAUAGAUGAUGGGGUGAGCUUCAAUCGCUAGUGGGGUGGGGUGUUACGUCCUCUGUCUGGCAUCAGUCUUUUAACCAGGCACUGACAAAAAGACGGAAAAAUCCCCGCACAUGUAAGAACCUAAAUACAUUCAUGUCUGAUCUCUUUAAAACAAACACUCACAAAAAAAAAUAAAAAUAAAAUAAGAGUCACAAAUUAAGUGAUUAAUAAAACACCCAGUGGUCACACAAAUGGUUAAAUUACACCAACAAGGCUGAUGAGCUGUCAAUCAACACUACGCCUCUGAUAACGCAUCUUAAACAUUAAUAGCGGAGCAUUUCCCCCUUCGGUCUCAUUCAUAAAAAGGAGAAGUUACAUAUUGCACAAACGUGGAAAUAAUUUCAUGGAAAUACACAAUAUUAGGAAAGCCCGUGAAAUAAAGAGAACACAAGGUCCUUUUGGUGUUGCGGUUAUCAGCCUGUUAGUAAAUGCUAACGUAUCCUGCCGAGUGGAAAAGUAGAUCCACAUUCAGUGAAGCUGGAGACCUCCAUCACAGUGGAUCUGUUUCCUCUCGGUAUCUCUAAGAACACUUUAUUACAGUUUGUCAAAUGCCCUAACAUCGUGAAGUUUAUGUUAGAAAUGGAAAAUGUUUGAAUGUGUUUCAGUGGAUGAAUAAAUGACAUUAGAGUAGAAGCUGAGGUAGAUUGAAUUAGGAGUUAAAUGAUUAAAAUAAGGUAGUACACAGGUGAGGAAAUACUGAGCGUCUGCCACUUGAUAAUAUACAGUAGACCAGGGGUGGAAACAGCCUUCAGUCCAGUCUGUCAAUAAUUUUCUUUACAGGCCAAUUUACUGUGAGGAAGCCUCGCCAAUUCUGAGGAACAAUCAAAAAGGCUCAUUAUCUUUAGCCACUUAAAAAUAUUCCUACCCUGGUUACAAUUUACCCCUUAUUCCAAUUUAAAGACAUUUUAUUGAUUGAGUAUUAAUGACAGUCAAAGCUCCCACUGUCCAAAUCCUUCUCCCUCUGUCUACACAUCCAACCACUGUAGAUGGACCACAGAUUUAAAACAGAAAGAACAUCAUCACACUAAGUGCUAACGAACGAGGACAAACGUGUUCAUGCUUACAGACGAACUCUGACAUCAGAGAACUGCAGUUUCAAGUGAUUUACAGAUUAACCUGAUAUGUUCUUGUCUGGGCGUUGCAGUGCUUUUUUUUUUUUUUCCCCCCAUUCAUUAAAAUGCUGUUUUCCAUAGAGCUGGUACAUGAUAUCUAUAAACCACACACAGAGCUCCACAUGUGGAGCCGGUCUGGAGCAGUACAUCGGGUUUCAUGCUAGAGGGCAGCACAGCGUUUCUAACAAGCGUUCAGUGGUCUGGGGUUUUUGCUGAGUCAUCACAGAUAUUAAAGCGGUGAUGGCGAGCUGAAAUGUUGUGGAGUAAAAAAAAAUACAACAAAAAAAAAAAAAAAA